AGGUACGUUUUAAAGUACACCGGCGGGCGCAGUAUCCCUCACCUUCUUCUUUCUCACGUAUGCAGGAAACAGCCUACUGUUUGUUUUUGUUUUUUUCUUUUUAACUUUUUACUUCAUUUCUAUUAUUUUUUUAAACAUUUUUUCAUGCAUGUAAAACCAAUCAAACUUCAAUUUCAUCUAUUUUUUUUCUUUAUUAGGAAAUGUUGUUUCUUUAUGUUUUUUUUGGCCUUAAAUAUUGGUGAAGCAUGAAAGGCAAUCGAAAUGAUCAGAACCAUUCAAAUUCUUUUAUCCAAAUCUGUAAUUCUUUUCAGUUACAGCAAUCAAAAUUCAAUCUUUAUUUUGUUUUCUAAACGGUGCAAACAGAUUCUUUUUAUUCUUCUUCUUCUUCUCCUCAAACAAAAAUGGAAUCUGAGAAACCAAAUUUUGGUGCAAUACUGGUUUACUUCUCGAAGCCAUCAUGGGCUUUCCUCGUUCUUCUUUUUACAGCAAUAGCAAUUCUCUCUCUUCAAAUCUCCACAAAAACUAUCCUUCCUUUUCAACUAUUCCCCGUGUCCGGAGCACCGAAACAGCCCGACAUCGCAUCCGGUUCCGACCCCGGAAGUUGCGCCGGGAUUUUCGGGGAGUUGCCCCGGAGAAAACAUGUUAUGUCGAUAAAGGACUUCGGGGGAGUUGGCGAUGGGGAAACGUCAAAUACUGAUGCGUUUAGGAAGGCGUUGGUUUACGUGCAGCGGUUUAGUGAGAAAGGUGGGGCUCAGCUCAAUGUGCCCGAAGGGAGGUGGCUUACGGGAAGCUUUAAUCUUACCAGUAAUUUCACGUUGUUUCUCGAACAGGGUGCUGUUAUUUUGGGCUCUCAGGUCCCAGAGGAAUGGCCUAUUGUAGAGCCACUGCCUUCUUAUGGUAGAGGGAGAGAGAGAUUGGGAGGAAGACACAUAAGCCUUAUUCAUGGAAAUGGUCUUACCAAUGUUGUCAUCACAGGACAGAAUGGGACAAUUGAUGGUCAAGGUAGGAUGUGGUGGGAAUUAUGGUGGAACAGAACGCUAAAGCAUACAAGAGGCCACCUCUUAGAACUAAUGAACUCUCAUAACAUUCUUAUCUCCAACCUAACCUUCCUCAAUUCUCCAUUUUGGACCAUUCAUCCUGUUUACUGCAGCAAUGUUGUUAUUAAGGGCAUGACAAUAUUGGCUCCGCUUAAUGCCCCAAAUACAGAUGGAAUAGACCCAGACUCAAGUACCAAUGUAUGUAUUGAGGACUGCUAUAUCGAGAGUGGAGAUGAUCUUGUAGCAGUGAAGAGUGGAUGGGACCAGUAUGGCAUCACCAUGGCACGACCAAGCUCAAACAUUACAGUGAGGAGAAUUUCAGGCACUACGCCAACUUGUUCUGGUGUUGGCAUCGGUAGUGAGAUGUCUGGUGGGAUUUUUAAUGUAACUAUUGAAGAUAUGCAUGUUUGGAAUUCGGCAGCUGGAGUGCGCAUAAAAACUGACAAGGGCAGAGGGGGAUAUAUUGCAAAUAUCACGAUAAAUAAUAUAAAAAUGGAACGAGUCAAAAUACCCAUUAGGUUCAGUAGAGGCUCCAAUGAUCACCCUGAUGACGGAUGGGAUCGUAAAGCUAUCCCUACAAUAAAGGGGAUAUUCAUCAGUAAUAUUUUUAGUUUGAAUUCAACAAAAGCUCCGGUACUGGCUGGUGUCCAGGGUGCCUCAUUUGAAGGGAUAUGCUUAAAGAAUGUUACGCUAGUUGGCCUUGCAUCAACUGCAACAUGGCACUGUGAGUUUGUUUCAGGUUGUACCAGUGCUGUGUUUCCAUUGCCAUGUCCCCAGUUGCAGAACAAUGGCUCUUCACCAUGCUGCCUGUAGGCUCAAUUUUGUGGUGAGUUCCUGAGUGCAUAUGGAAAUUUUAGGUUGAAAUUUCUUUUCACAUGGAUGCUUUGAACAAAUUGGACUUUGAGGUGAAUCAAUUCACAACACGGUUAGUUGGCCACGGUUGUUCAUAUGAAUUUUCCUCUCUCUCCAAGUGAGGAGAUAUGAAGUUAGGGUGUCAAAAGCUGCAGACUAGAGGGGCUGCUGAUUGUGUUAGCAUCCUGCAAUUUUGUCGAAGAUAUAAUUUACUGAGGCAGUUGGACUUGCUUGGGUGGACGAUUUGGCUGGUGAUAACUGGAUUUUGAAGAUGGCUUUUCUUUUGAUAUUUCAUCUUAUACUUUGAAAAUUUAUUGCUCAACAAUGCUUAGGUUGUACAUGAAAAGGUUCACUGAUCCCGUGGAAAGAAAACCUAACAUCUUUAGAGUCCUCAAUAGACAGAGAACAUGUACAAAGAACUCGUAUAAUUCAUUUCAGUAUUGUAAAGUUACAUUCAAUUGUGUUUUCACCCAAUUCAUUACUUGUCCUACAUCUUGAAUGGGUUGAUUUUGUAGGUACCACGGCAUGUAGGUCUUUAAUGUUGGAAAUCAGUGUAUUUAAGCCAUUAUACAUUUGUUAAAGGAAAUUAUAAAAUGAAAUAAACAGGGCAUGUCAGAGGCACCACUGCAAAAUAUAUGAAAGCAAGCAUUAUCGUGCACCAAAAGAGCAAAGCAAGAUUUAUCUGGAAACAGUUUACCUAGUUUCUGCAGCAUUAUUCUGUUUUAACAUCAUAAAGCAAGAACAUUUUCUGGGUAUUUUCCGGGUCACUGGUCCCAUUUUUUAUGAUCAGUUGAAUGGUUCUGAAGGUUAAUGAUAAUCAUGCACUUCAAAAGAGUGUAUAAAACUUUGCUAACAGAAACUUCUACCCCUUUUCUCAUUUAGGUUUUGAAAAACAAUUUAAUUUCAUUUUAUCUUUUGUUUCUUUCCAGUUUAUUCUCUAAUUAUUAUCUCCUGAAAUCGGGAUGUGAAAAAAAAAAGAAAAGAGAACAAAUGGAUAUUAAAGUCUCUUAAAUGGGAAAAUUAGAUACAUGUUGUGCUAGAGUAGAUGGUUUUAGUAAAAACAAUACAUAUAUGGAUUUCUUUACCAUUUCCAGAAGACAUUGGAACCACACUUGUAUUUGUCCUUUCCUUCACAUUCCAAGUCCAAAUCAUCAGAGAUGAAUGGUACUUUCUGCAUAAACAAAAUAAAAAAAAAA